AUGGAUAAACCAAAUAAAGUAUUCUUGGUACUUGGUAGAUAUGGUGAAGGUAAAUCAACAUUUAUCAAUACACUUUGUAACUUUUUCGAUGGAGGACCUUGUGACACUGAACUAAAGGUAGCUAUACCAAAUGAACAUCUCGUUCAAAAUCGGAUGAUAGAGGUCAAACCAUCAGAGGUAGCAUUACCUCUUGGAGAACGAGGUAGAACAACGAAGCAAUGUGCUCUCUAUCAAUUUAGAGUACCACUAGGAGAGUGUGACUUUGCAUUUGUCGAUACUCCCGGGUUGGGAUCAAGUCACAUGACAGAGGAAGAGGUUAAAAUGGAGAUUAGAAAAUGCCUCACUUCUACCUAUGCGUCUAAUAUCCACGGUGUGAUUGUAGUAAUCAACCCUACUCUUGUUGGACAAGACAGUCAAAAGGAUAUGCUAUGUGCAAAGUUUGCCAAAGAGAAUCUACCAAGCUUUAUUGCCAAUAAUACGUUUGUCGUAUUUUCAAAUGCGCUAGAUAGCAACGUUGGAGUUGCUGAUAUUGGGUUCCCAUCAUCACAAAGUGUUUGCAUGAACAACAAAUUCUUCUCGAAUCCUGCGGGAUCAUACGAUACAAAUGCUAUGGUCAGUGCAUUUGAAAUCAUUGGUGCACAGAUAUUAUGGCCUACUCUUGCCGAGAUGACCAUCCCUGGUCAUUUAUCACAACAAUGA